AUGCUCCCCGUCAUAUCCGCCGAGGUGUGCGCGAUGGCGCGGAGGAUGUAUCGCUCCCCCCCACCGGGCGCCGCGAGGGUCGAGCUGAAGCGGAGGCUGUUCGAGCUCUCCCUCAGCGCCCUGAUGGAAACCAUCGCGCGAACCAAGACGUCCCGUGCCGUGCCGGACGACGACACGGACAUGUGUCCGGAGGUCCAGGAAUUCAUGAAGGCGCUGGACGUGUUCCUUCCGCUUCUCAGUGCAGACAAUUCGUGGGACUACCUGCCGGUGCUACGGUGGUUUGACGUGUUCGGCGUGAGGAACAAGAUCCUGGCCACGGUGAGCGCAAGGGACGCGUUCCUACGGCGGCUCAUCGACGCGGAGCGGCGGAGGCUGGAGGAGGGGGAGGGCGGCGAGAACGACGAGAGAAAGAGCAUGAUUGGCGUUAUGCUCUCAUUGCAGAAGUCAGAGCCGGUGGUGUACACGGAUACCACGAUCAUGGCUCUGUGCUCGGAACGUUUAUCCAAAAAUCGGCAGCCACCAGUAAAGCUGAUGUUGAUAAAGCGCGGGCGGAAAUUGACGCGUCCGUGGGGCACUCCCCGCCUGCUCGGCGCCGACGACGUGCCGCGCCUCGGCUACCUCCAGUGCAUCGUCAGCGAGACCCUCCGGCUGUACCCGGUCUUGCCGACGCUGGUCCCGCACGAGUCCACCGCGGACUGCACGGUCGGCGGCCACCACGUGCCGAGCGGGACGAUGCUCCUCAUCAACGUGUACGCCAUCCACAGGGACCCCGCGAUCUGGGCGGACCUAACCGCGUUCAGGCCGGAGCGGUUCGAGGACGGCCGAGCCGAAGGGCUGUUCAUGAUGCCGUUCGGGAUGGGAAGGCGGAAGUGCCCUGGAGAGGCCCUCGCGCUGCGGACGCUGGGGCUGGUCCUGGGGACGUUGAUCCAGUGCUUCGACUGGGACACCGGCGGCGGCGCCGUGGUCGAUAUGGCCGAAGGGGUCGGGAUCACGCUCCCGAGGGUUGUCCCUCUGGAGGCCAUCUGCAAGCCGCGCCAUGCUAUGCUUGAUGUCCUCAAGGGGCUGUGA